GCAGCUGUGCAGCCUGGUGAGAUCGCUCGAGACUAACAAGCAAACUAACGUAGUUGCUAGCUAGCUCUAGCUAUCUCGGCAAUGGAUCACUUCGGCGGACGUGCUCUCGGCUUCGGCGGUGGCGGCGGCUGCGGCGCGGUGCGGUGCAGGCACUGCAGCGCGUCCCUCCCGGCUAUGCCUGGCGCCCGCGUCAUCCAGUGCGCGCAGUGCUACGGCGUGACGCGCGUCGGCGGCCGCGGCCGGCGCCGCCACCCCAACCCGGUCGAGCCGUGGCGCCCGGCCGUGCCGAUGCCCGUGGCCGGCGGCGGCUUCUUCCCGGGCUCCCGCGGCAAGAAGCGCGCCGUCCUGAUCGGCAUCACGUACGCCGGCAUGCGGCGGCGCGGCAGCCAGCUGAUGAGGGGCCCCGUCAACGACGUCAAGUGCAUGCGGUACCUCCUCUGCGAGCGCUUCGGCUUCCCCAACGACUGCGUCCUCAUCCUCACCGACGAGGAGAAGGACCCGUGCAGGUUGGCGACGAAGGAGAACAUCAGGAUGGCGAUGAACUGGCUGGUGCAGGGGUGCAGCUCCGGUGACUCGCUGGUGUUCCACUUCUCCGGGAUCGGGGUGCAGGUGCCGGACGACGACGGCGACGAGGUGGACGGGUACGACGAGGCGAUCUGCCCCAUGGACUCGUUCAGCCAGGGCCCCAUCCUGGACGACGAGAUCAACGAGGCCAUCGUCCGCCCGCUCGUCCACGGCGCCAAGCUCCACGCCGUCGUCGACGCCGAGCACAGCUCCACCGUCCUCGACCUCCCCUUCCUCUGCUGCCUCUCGUCCAGGUCCGGCGGCUGGCAGUGGGAGGACCACCGCCCGCCCACCGGCGCCUACAAGGGCUCCAGCGGCGGCCAGGCCAUGCUCUUCAGCGGCUGCAGCGACGGCAACAACAAGCAUAGCCUGCUGCCGGAGGCGUCGACGGUGGGGGCCAUGACGCACAGCUUCAUCAAGGCGGUGGAGUGCGAGCCGCGCGCCACCUACGGCAGCCUGCUCACCACCAUGAGGAGCAUCAUGCGCGACGGCGGCGUCACCUGCAACCUGCAGGGCCCCAUCGGCGCCCCCAUCCGCAAGGUCGCCAACUUCAGCGGCAUCCAGGAGCCUAACCUGUCUUGCUCUGAGAUGUUCGACAUCUACCGCAAGCCGUUCGUCCUGUAAAACCGCUAGGCCCGACACCAUGGACAAUAACAUUAUUAUUAUUAUUGUACCGAAAUAAACUGCGAAUCGAUCGAAUAUCGAAUCGGUCGGCUAAUUAAUUAACUAGUAUUGGGUUAAAUAGUUUGUGUCAUCGUGUGAGAAAAUCGUCAUGUAUCUCAGCUUAGUCUGGCUCACACAGACAAGGUCCUGGAGCUCUAGAAGAAGACUAUACUUGGUUUUCAUCCAUGGAUUAUACCUUCCUUGAGCCUGCUAGCUGUGGCUCACUGUUGUAAUAAGGCUGUUGUGUGAAUUGUGUCUAAUGUCUACUUGGAGUAAUGAACAAAUGUUUCUGCUGCUUGUUCUCCCGAAA